GCGAGAUUCUCUGCAACUUUCGAUUCCUUCCUCUCUCUCUCACCGUUCCUUGUUUCCCUGAUCACAAACUUUCUCGAUUUUCGUUAAUGGAAGAUUGGGCUUCGUGAUUUUGAUUCCAUCGCUGAGUGUGUGUCGAUUUUGCUUCCACUUCACGUUGUUCCCUUUUGCUUUUCUGAUCUUUUGUUUUUGUUUUUCUUCCCGAAGAUAUUCAGCACCAAAUCGGGUUUUGAUCAAUGAAAUCGUGAAAUAUUCGUGGGUUUAUAUAUUCUUGUGCUGAUGAAUUUGUAGAUGAAAUGGCCCCAAGAGCCGAGCUCAGAGGUGCUCUGAAACAGAGCCAAAGAACCUCAGAGAUAGCAGAUGCAAGAUUACCGUCAAAUCUGAAUUCCACUGGUCGAGGAACGAAAAAGGAGAGUCAAACAGGUGGCAAAGACAAUAAUAUUCGGGUCAGAACGAAACGUUCAAGCCAUAACCGAAAGGAAUGUGUCAAUGAGAGUCUGGAACACAAUGACGAGCUUGUGAAAUACAUGUCCAAGUUGCCAGGCUAUCUCCAACGUACGGAGGAGAGAGGAGAACAAAGCGUCCAAAGUAAUGUUCUGAAUGUUGGAGUCUUGGAUUGGGGUCGCCUAGAGAAAUGGAAGCAUGGUCGAGAAAGAGGCGGUGAAAGAUCAGGAAAGAGUGAGAGAAGGGUGUCUUCUAUUGCUACAACUUCUACUUCAGGACUAGUUCCCAAUGACUCUCAUAGGUGUAAGAUUGAUGAUCAGUUGCACACUUGUUCAAAGCUCGGUAAAGGUAAAGCGUCUCGGGACCUUCAACAUUCUGUUCAUGGAGUUCGAUGCACUUUGGAACCUGAGUUCGCGUCUAGGGAUUUAUUAAAUAAGCAGCAAAUAGCAACUUGUAGCUAUACGUCCUGUGGUAGAGAUCGUGAAAGAGUGAAUCCUGGGAAGAGCAGAAGUCCGCCUUUAUAUCGGGAAUCCACUUCAGGUUUAUUGUCAGAAAUGGGGAACUCUGGUGGAUCACUAGCUCCGAAGGGAAACUCAGUUUUGCGGGAUAAGGAGGCUGAGAAGAGAGCGGGGAAGAUACAUGCACAAGAAGCAAGAGAAAGAGCUACGGAAAGAGCGAAACAAUGUGUUGAGAAGUUAAAUGUAGAGGAGAAGAUCAUUGGAGUUUCGAAAGCUGGUCUUACUUCUGAAAAGCAGGAGAAUCAGCAGGUCAGCAAUAUUGUUCUCCUGCGGUCAAGAAAACAGUCCCGAAGCACUCUUCCUGGUGAACCCGAGAUGCCACUUGAUGAUAACAUGAAAGUAGCAAGGGAGGUUAACCGCUCUCUCGACUUUUCCGACAGAGCCAAUAGCUCGUUAAGAUUGAGAUCUCAAAUUCCUCGUUCCUGUCCACUCUCUUUCGACCUAGAAAGAGAUUCUGAAGAUAUGAUGUUGCCUCUUGGUGUUGAUAUUUCUGGUGAAAAGGAACGUUUUGGUGGGACAAGAAGGCAAUCAAAGACAGGUUCGAGAAUAUUUGAUCUCGAAAUCCCUGAAGAUGAACUCAGAAACAACAGACACCCUUCACCAAGCAAGCGGUUUAGUUUUAGCUUUGGUCGUCUCAGCAGAAGUUUCACUUUUAAAGAGGAUUCAUCUGCCCAACCUUUGAAUUCUUUUGAUGAUACCAUCAAAUCUGAUUCUAUGAGAUUCGAUGGUUCAGUUUGUCCGUCUCAUUCAAGUAACCCGGAGAGGCAGAACAUUUACUCUCGAGUUAGCCCUCUAAAAAGGCUUCUCGACCCUUUACUGAAACCCAAAGGCUCUGAAAAUAUUCUUCCAUCAAAAGCAAGAUCAAGUUGUUCCAAUCCAAAGCCAACCAACAUCGAAGUUCCUCUUCAAGACGAGAAGAAGCAGGAUACGUCGAGAACCCGAGCGCUUUUUCAGCUAACGAUCAGAAACGGGAUCCCUCUAUUUCAAUUUGUGGUCGAUGAUAACAACAACAAUAACAACAAGAAGAGUAGCAGAAGGAGCAUUCUCGGGGCUACAAUGAAAAGUUCGCCUUCAUCGUUCAAAGAUGAUUCUGUUCAGUGCUGCACAUUCUACUCUGUUAAUGAAGUCAAAAAGAAAAGAAGCGGAAGCUGGCUAAUCCAUGGGCAUAAGGAGAAACAACGCGGGUUUGUCUACAAUGUAAUCGGUCAAAUGCGGUUGAGCAACUCCGUGAGCUCAGAUUUGACCGAGCAGAAAUCCGGAAACAUCUCACCUGCGAUCAGAGAAUCAGUUCUGUUUGAUGAAUCAGAGCAAGUUAAAGGGAGGGAAGAGGUUGCAGCUAUAGUGAUCAAGAAGAAGCCGGUCGAAGAAAACUAUACCGGCCUCGAAGAAAUCAGUGUGAUAAUUCCGAGCGGCGUCCACAGUUUCCCGGAGAAAGGAGCACCGUCACCAUUGAUUAGCCGGUGGAGAACCGGAGGGUUAUGCGACUGCGGUGGCUGGGAUGUCGGAUGUAAACUCCAUGUCCUCUCCAACAAAACACUCCUCCAUGAAUUCAACCAAAGCUUCAAACUUUUCGAUGAGGAAGGAAGUGAACGAGAUUCGGGUCCAGCAUUGGCGAUGACGGAGCUGAAGUCAGAUAUCUAUAGGGUGGAGUUUGGUUCGUGUCUGUCGCAUCUACAAGCGUUUUUUGUGUGCGUGACGGUUAUAACCUGUGGCUCCCAAGAGGAUUCGGUGUCAAAGACCACCGUCAAAUCUCCCUCUCCGUUUGCUCCGCCGCUAUCUCCUGUUGGUAGGGUCUAAAACCCAUAAGCCCAGGACACAAAACAGAGUGAUAUCUAAUGAUCGUUUUUCUUUCUUAUAAAUCCCUAACGUCUACUCUUCUUAUGUUGUGUCAACGAAAUAUUGAAUUGUCAAAAAAUCUUAGUAAAAAUAUUAUCGAAAAGAAGAGGGAAAGUAAAAACACUAUCGAA